AUGCCCUCAAAGCGCUAUUAUGCGUGUAAGGAGUUUUGUGAAACAGAAAGAACGUAUGUCAGUGAUUUGGAGCUAAUCUGUUCAAUUUUCAUCGAUCCAAUGAAGCAGCUUGGUCUUUUAUCAGACGAAUUAGAAUAUGUUCUUUUCAGCAAUAUUAGAGCAAUUCUAUCGGUUCACAAGCGUCUCUUGGGUGACCUAGAGUCUCAACUUGCAAAUAAGGAGUAUGAUGCUCUUUGUCUAGGUUAUCUCUUUAUGUAUUAUACUCCCUUUCUGAAGCUCUAUAAGGUGUAUGUCCAGUCUCAAAGGAACUUUGUUCUUGUUUUCAAUGAGAUUAUGAGGAACAAGCGUAUAUGUGCCUUUUUGAAUCAAGUCCAACAUGAUGAGCGCUGCCGUGGCUUGGAUUUAUCCGGAUUUUUAAUCAUGCCCGUACAACGUAUCCCUCGCUACAGGCUGCUCUUGAAUGAAAUUAUAAAGCAUACGCCACCAACUCAUCCAGACUACCCAUUUUUGGAGAAAUCGAUCGAUUCCAUCUCCAAGGUAGCUUCUAUGUGUGAUGAAUCUCUUGACUGGGAAGAAGACUCUCAGAUCUUAUGUGCGUUGCAAAAGUGCGUUCCUCACGUCGAAAUAAUUCGGCCCAACCGGUUUAUCAUUCGAAAGGUGCAUUUUGUUUUCAUUGUGUUUAGCGUUAGUAUAGAGCCCAAGACUCGAAACUCUUUGUUUUCAACGACCUUAUUGUCAUUACGAACAAUUACCAGAAGGUGUCAAAAGUAA